CAAGUGACAGAAGUUUGUUACAUUUUUAUCAAGUUGCAGUUUUUGUGCAUGCAUCAGCUUUACUGAAAGGAUAAAAAUAUAGUAUAUGCAUGUUGAUACUGUAUUCAUAUCAUCUUUGGAGCAACAACACAAGAAAAACAAUGCGACGAUCUCUUCUUACCUUGAUUUUAGCCUGUGCUCUGAGUUCUACAUCUGGAGGUGAUGUUAGACUGGUCAAUGGUGGUAAUCAGUGCUCUGGUAGAGUUGAGAUCUUUCAUGAUGGCCGUUGGGGAACUGUGUGUGAUGACUCUUGGGACAUAAAUGAUGCCGCUGUGGUGUGCAGACAGCUGGGAUGUGGAGAAGCUCUUAGUGCAAACAGUGGGGCUUAUUUUGGUCAGGGGAGUAGCCCAAUCUGGCUGGAUGAUGUUGCAUGUUUGGGAAGUGAGAGCAGCAUAAAACAGUGCAAACACAAAAGACUAGGAUCACAUAACUGUGGCCACAGUGAAGAUGCUGGUGUUACAUGCUCAGGAGGGUUGAGAUUGGUCAAUGGCUCUGAUUCCUGCUGUGGAAGAGUGGAGAUCCUUCACAAUGGCCAGUGGGGAACUGUGUGUGAUGACAACUGGGACUUAACAGAUGCUGAUGUUGUGUGCAAACAAUUAAACUGUGGCAGAGCCAUCAGUGCCCCUAAAAGAGAAGCCUUUGGUCAGGGAAGUGGAGUGAUCUGGCUGGAUGAUGUUGGAUGCUCUGGAAAUGAGAAUACCCUUACACAGUGCUCACACAGAGGUCUGGGACAACAUGACUGUAGUCAUGGUGAAGACACUGGUGUUGUGUGUACAGGUGAUCUGCAGACGCCCACCCUCUCCAUAAUCUCUCCACAUUCAGUUGUGUCUCCUGGAGAAAACAUUCAGUUCCGAUGCACAACACCUAAUCCAAGAUGUCACGAAAAUGCUGAAUUCUACCUGUUCAGAAACAGAUCAUCCACAAUAUCCUCUGAAACAAGUGUAUCUAGUGUGACUUUCAGUCUGACUGUAGACGUCUCACAUCAGGAUCAGUACAGCUGUGAUUACUCUUACAGGAAUGACACUAUCAAGUCUUCCAGGAGUAACACUAUUGAAAUCACUGUAGUGAACCUGCAGAAGCCCAAUAUUUCUCUCGGUGGAUUGUUUGACUUUGGUCCUCAGGGUUCAGUGAUCACCAGAGGUCACAGCUUCACUAUUACUUGUUCAUCUGAAUCUCAGUAUUCUGGAGGCUUCUUCUCUCUGUUCAGUGGAUCAAACAUCAUCAGUAGUAAACCAGUUGUCAAUCACUCAGCUGUCUUCAUCUUUCCUGAGGCACAUUAUUCACAUGAGGGAAACUACAGUUGUGUUUAUGAAGUGAAUGUGUCCUCACGUAAUUUCCAUUCAGAUUUGUCUGACAUGCUGCUCAUAACUAUAUGAGGCGAGUUAUGGGUGUCUUAAUAUUGUCUAACCAGCUGUUAAGCUUAAGCUGUCCUAUAAACACAUAACAUGUGACAAAAUGUAAUUAAUUACUUCAUAAUUUCUGCUGCAUGGUGCUUUGCAGCCCCACCCACUGAGCAAUCUCAUUGGUCCAAAAUCCUGCAGUGUGUUCUGAUUGGCUGUGUUAUUGUUUCUCUGAGCGACAUAUUUUCAUGUGGACAGGCAGAUUUCUUUCGUAACUUGUUGCAUUUUGCCUGAUAAAAUUAAGCACAAGAUUAACUGCUGGUAAAGAAAGAAUAACUUGAAAAUGUCUCUCUUUCAGCCUCUGCUUCCUCUGUGCUGUUGUGUCAGCUGUACUUCUCAUCUUCUCUGCUUUGUAAUCUUCUUCAAAGUGAAGAGAAGACAAAAACAAAACAAUCAGGAGAUUUGCUAAAAAUGCUUCUUUAAGAAAUGUGAAAUUUUGUUGCAUUUUAUAAAUAAAAACACAUGAUUUCUUUUAUCUUACCAAUGCCAGCGUGUUUCUAAAAAUAAUUUUUAAGGUCAUUUUAUAAUUAUGCAAUGUCAGUAAUUAAAGUGAAUAAAUGUACAUGCAAACUUGAAGGUGUAUGUCAAAGGUCGGAGCGGACCACCCCUAUCGUGAGUCUCGCUCCUCCCUCAGUUUCCACCCUGAGGAGGUCCCAAAGCACCCCAAUGACGAGACAGACGAGAAGGUAUAAAAUUAAACAAGGUUUAUUUAGAAGGAGGAAAUCUAAAAGGCCUGCUGGAAUCAGUUGGGGGCUGGGAAACUAGUGUCAAUGCCUGGACUCGUCCUCCCGAACUCAGGGGUGCGGGGAAGGGAAUGCCUCUUGGUAGGCCUC